ACCCUUCACCAGAAUAGAGGUUUAUGGACUAGUGUUUCUUAUAGCUUUUUGUUUUCUUUUGUUUUCAGGAAGACAGAAAUCCAGAGUUCUCUUUUCUCUUGUCUCUUUUGUAGUUAACACUCAGCUGAAUAGAGAUGGACUGGAGCAACUGCACUACCAUGGCUUUAGUGUUCAUCCUGACUUUUUUGUUCAUUAUGAAAAUUGGAGGUCUCUGGAGUAACCACUGGAGAAAGAACUUUCCCCCAGGACCAAGGGCGUUACCCAUCAUUGGAAAUCUUCAUUUGUUUGAUUUGAAGAGACCCUACAGGACUUAUCUACAGCUGUCAAAAGAAUAUGGUCCUGUCUUCAGCGUUCAGAUGGGGCAAAGGAAAAUAGUAGUGAUCUCUGGGUAUGAGACAGUGAAGGAAGCUCUCAUAAACCAGGCAGAUGCCUUUGCAGAGAGACCAAAAAUCCCAAUCUUUGAAGAUCUGACCAGAGGAAAUGGGAUUGUUUUUGCUCACGGUGAAAACUGGAAAGUGAUGCGAAGGUUUACUCUCACAACCUUACGAGAUUUUGGGAUGGGGAAAAGAGCCAUUGAGGACCGCAUUGUGGAGGAGUAUGGCUAUCUGAUAGACAACGUUGGGUCACAAGAAGGAAAACCCUUUGAUGCUAGUAAAAUAAUUAAUGCAGCAGUUGCUAACAUAAUUGUGUCAAUAUUACUUGGAAAACGAUUUGACUACAAAGACUCCAGAUUUAUAAGGCUUCAACAUCUGACCAAUGAAAGCAUGAGGCUUGCAGGGAAACCUUUGGUUACGAUGUAUAACAUCUUCCCAUACCUUGGAUUCCUUCUGAGGGCCAACAAGACUCUUCUCAAAAACAGAGACGAAUUCCAUGCUUAUGUAAAAGCUACUUUUCUAGAAAAUCUCAAAACUCUGGACAAAAACGAUCAAAGAAGUUUCAUUGAUGCUUUCCUUGUUAAACAGCAGGAGGAGAAAUCCACUACCAAUGGGUAUUUCCAUAAUGGUAACCUGCUAAGCUUGGUGAGCAACUUGUUCACUGCUGGUGUUGAGACCAUUUCCACCACACUAAACUGGAGCUUUCUGCUGAUGCUAAAGUACCCUGAAAUUCAGAGAAAGGUCCAAGAAGAGAUAGAGCAAGUGAUCGGGUCAAACCCCCCACGCAUUGAGCAUCGAACUCAAAUGCCAUAUACAGAUGCUGUUAUCCAUGAAGUUCAGCGGUUUGCUAAUAUCCUGCCAUUGGAUUUGCCUCAUGAGACUGCUGAAGAUGUCACUCUCAAAGACUAUUUCAUUCCCAAGGGAACCUACAUCAUCCCCUUGCUGACCUCUGUCCUGCGAGACAAAUCCCAGUGGGAGAAACCAGACGUGUUCUAUCCUGAACACUUCCUUGAUUCCAAGGGAAAGUUCGUGAAGAAGGAUGCUUUCAUGCCAUUUUCAGCAGGGCGGAGGAUCUGUGCCGGUGAGACUCUUGCCAAAAUGGAGCUCUUCCUCUUCUUCACCAGCCUCCUGCAGAGGUUCACCUUCCAGCCUCCUCCCGGAGUUUCCUCCUCAGACCUGGACCUCAGCCCUGCUAUUUCAUUUAACGUUGUCCCCAAACCCUAUAAAAUCUGUGCUGUCGCACGCUCUUAGGGCUCAAAUCUGCAUAAAUUCAACUUGAAAAUGUUAUGACUUUUUCAUGAUUUCCUUUGGCCAACAUUCGCAACACUGCAUCUUAAUGAAGGUCUUCAGUACAUCUAAACCAAAAUGUUCUUUUAUUUUUUAUUUACUGUGAAAAGACACUUCUUGUGGACCAGAAUUAUGGAGUGAUUGAUGACUUGUGGAUCAACCUAAUUGAUUGCCUAAUCUGGGCUAAAUAAUAGAGAAACUUCAUUUCUUCUUCUGCCUCUGAACUGUAAAUGUUAACUGACAUGUAUUUCCUGAGAGUGCACUUUCACAUAACAUAAGUCAGUGACUGCUAGCCACCAAAAGGGCCCACAGUUGUAAUGAUGACAGUACUUCAUCUAUUGGAUGCUCUGGGUAUGCUGCUCUCAGACACAACAGCCAUCUGACUGUGUCUCACCUUGAGAAGAAACACAAAAUCUUCUUCCACCACACAACAUUUGCGUCUGUAAAGCAGCUACUGAUCUUCUGCAGUGAUGGAAGACUGGCAACACUACAGCCCUGUACAUUUGUUUCAUUAAUAUGGGUGUAUCCUAUAUGUCUACCACAGAUAGAGAAGAAAUAACAGUUGUACCCCAAGUAAACAUUAUUGCUCAGGAAAAAAUCUUAAUCCAAAUUGACCUUAGCCCAGAAAUCCAAGAUCAUUCCUGAAUAUUCUGUAACUAUAUAACCUAGGUAAACGCAGCACGCAAUCCUGGCAAACAUCUACUGCUUUUGUAAUGCACUUUCUCACUGGCUAUCAAACAUUGCACAAACACUGUCUGCAAAUUCCAGCUGGCAGAGGGCACCCACCUCCUGGUGAUGGUAAAAGGAAGUGGAAAUUGAGAGCAAAUGUAACCCCCGGUCAAUCGCACUUCACACUUUGCUCUCCCCCAGCAGGGAGAGUGGGAGCUGAGCAGUACUCAUGGCUGGCACCUAGACAUGUCAGGACACUUUGGCCUUGUGCUGUUGCAAAGAACAUUGCUGUUUGCUGAGCCAUCACUAUGAAGUGCAUAGGGGAAUUUUCUCCUCACCAAGAGUAUGAGAAAGAUAUCUCUGCGUGCACUUUGCUUUUCCUGAUCCUUCUGUUGAAAAAGCAAAACAAAAAGUGUAUGGAAAUGAUACCGCAAAGAGAAUUUUUCCCAAACAAAAAGCAUAUGCUAGCAGAAACCUGCUCAUGGCAGAUGGGAUGACUGGUAUAUCCCAGUAGCCACCACUAAUCAACUCACACAGCCGUUCCCAGCAGACUGAGGGAUGAAAAAAACACAGCACUGACCAACACACAGAGGCAACCUGCUGCCCCUGUUCUCCCCCUGUUCCAUGUAUUCAUUCAACAAAUGUAGAAAUUAAAAGGAAUACUCCAAUCUCCAA